CAGCAAUCCUCGCCAGGGGUUGGAAAUGCCUCGUGCGUGUUACCAAUAUUUCCAUAAACAUAAUAUAAUAACAUAAUGUAAUAUGUUAUAUUUCCAUAAGUUCUCAGAUACCGGUAGUUGACUUCUUGUCUCCGACAAGUUUCAAGCAUUGCAAAUUACUCUAAAAACUUGGCGCGUGCGUGGAUAUCCAAAGCGUUGUAGAAAAAACAUCACACCAUGAUACUCAACCGUCGCGACGUCCAAUGAGGAAUCCAGGAACGCGCAACGCCGGACCGUAAGCGGAAUAAGCGGAACAGUAUACUACAAUAGAGAUACUCCCUCUGGAUCCCAACAAGGUUGUGUCGCUGAGCGAAUCGGUGUUACGUCCAUGCCUGUCAGCAGCGCGUCUCCAACGUUACUGCAGCCUGCUGCAGCCGUUUUGCUGCACAAUGUGCAACGACACGAGCGCACGGGUGUUACGUCCAUGCCUGUCAGCAGCGCCUCUCCGACGUCAGUCCAGCCUGCUGCAGCCGUUUUGCUGCACAAUGUGCAAAGACACGAGCGCACGGGUGUUACGUCCAUGCCUGUCAGCAGCGCCUCUCCGACGUCACUGCAGCCUGCUGCAGCCGUUUUGCUGCACAAUGUGCAACGACAGGAGUUCCAGGUGCAACGGUUUGCAGACCAUGUCAUUGCUUCCAAGGCGCGAGGUGACACGCUUCGGUGGCGCAAGCAGGAUGUGCAGGUUCAACGUCGGACGGCCCCAUGCCUACAGAUCAUGCUGGCCCACCUGGCUUCCCUGCCCACGGGAGGAGGCAAAGUGGAGAUCAGGCAGGCCAUGGAGAAACUAGGUAUUGCUCACUUGCCUGAUCCAAAACACGAGCUUUACCAAACCGUAAAGUGGAAGCUGUACUCGCUACGCAACACUCUGGAGCACGGCCGAGACCCGCUGACUGGAAAAGCCCUGCCGAAGGCGGGCCGGGGGACCUACAACUACCGGGGCUGGCUGCGGGGUGCACUGCUGGCGCUCCCGAACCGUGAGGGAACCCUGCCUGAGGUGGCGGCGAUCCUGAAGGCGGAUCCGGAGAUCUCUCUCAAACUGAAUUGGAGGCAUGACCACCGCUACCUUAGAAGCCCGGCGUGGCGUAACAACCUGUCCGUGACGGCGGCGAGGCUGCCUGAGUUCAUCAACACCGGGCGGAGGAAAGGCAAGGCGGUGGUGUACCGCUAUGAUGAGGAGGUGUUCGGGGCCCUGCAGGAGUCACGCAAGCCUCCCGAGGUGCCCAAGCACCGGACAGCACAACCGGGCGCACACAACACCUGACAACGUGUGUGUAUCAAUAAUGGGUUGGAGCGGCCAGGAGUUUAUGUGGAGGCCGCAGUGCGCGCUUCCUAGUUUAUCGGCUCUGGUUGAAUCCGGUCAGCUGGGAGAACGGGACAAGCACGCAUGGGCAUGCAUCGGCAUGCACCUGCCCCAUGCAACGGUCACACACAAACAGAUUUCAAAGAUUAAUAGAAGAUACGGAGGGAGGGCCGUAUCGUGCAUGGUUAAGAGCAUUCUACACCCGAAACAAAGGGCACAUGAUUUGUGAGAGAUUGGUGUGUGCUGCAAGUCCAACAUGGGAGGGAUUGCGUUAACAGGGUAUUUGCCGCUGUGGCGGGCAAUGCUGCUCAACAGGGAAUGUUGCUGCUGUGGCACUAGUUUGCAUGUCACAUGACUGGAGUGGCACGUGAACUUCAUAAGGCUCGUGAAGAUGACGGAGACGUCUUCUCUUCUAUACAAGUUUGGUAAUAUAUGUCGGACUAGCCAACCAUAAUGAUGGAAGGCCCAAAUUCGUGGCAUGGGGUAGGCCUUGAGGCGCUUGUGGAAGCGAUACGGCCGGCAUAAAGUCGUCCGUUUCAGGGAAAGGCCACAAACCAACGGCCAAACCAGCACUCUGCAUACCGGUAUGCAAGGUAACGUGACUGGUAGCUGUGCUGUGUGUGUGGGUGGGAGAAAUGAACAGGGAAACAGGCGGCAACCAUAUGAAUGCCCCAAACGACACGCCAGUACCGUACAUGCCAUGUCCUCUUCCCG